AUGCCUUCGGCGACCUCUUCAACCCUAGAUAUUGUCGUGAUUGGAGCCGGCCUCGGUGGUUUGGCUGCGGCCAUCUCCUGUGCUCUCGGCGGCCACAACGUAACAGUCCUGGAACAAGCAAGAGAACUGGCGGAGGUACGUGUGUCUCGCGGUGCAAACGCGAUUGCCGACAAAAGGGAACUCAUCGCUGACCGACGAAUCAGANUCGGAGCCGGCCUACAAAUUACACCAAACGCAUCGAGACUGUUCCAGCAAUGGGGAAUUGAUAAGGUUCUCGAGCCGUUGGCGGCAGAGCCGACCUUCCUCGCCGUGCACAGGUAUUCUGACGGAAAAGUGCUCGCCUUGCAGCAGGAUUUUGACAAGAAGAUACGAGCCAAGUAUGGAGCACCCUUCUGGGACUUGCACCGUGUGGAUCUGCAAAAGACACUUGCACAAAGAGCAAAGGAUUUAGGCGUCAAGCUGAGGCUGAACUCCAAGGUAAUCAGUGUGGACUUCGAACAGUCGACAAUACAUCUGGAUGAUGGAACCACAUAUGAGGCAGACCUUUUGGUCGGUGCCGAUGGAUUGUGGUCCAAGUGUAGGGCGCAUUUCCUGAAGCAAUCCGGCAAGGAGGACGCACCGCUCCCGACCGGAGAUCUGGCAUACCGUAUUGUCCUCGAUCUAGAUGAUCUCCAGGAUCCCGAGCUACGGCAAUGGGUGUCGAAACCGGCAUGCCACUUCUGGAUUGGUCCUGGAGCUCAUGUUGUCGCAUACUCUGUUCGUGGUGGCAAGCAGUACAACAUCGUGCUUCUUGUGCCUGACAAUCUUCCUCCAGAUGUAUCAAGAUCUUCCGGAGACAUUAGUGAGAUGAGAGAGAUCUUCACCAAAUGGGACCCUAUCCUGAAUCGUUUCCUUGACAACGUCAAGACCGUCGACAAGUGGAAGUUGAUGCACCGUCCAGAGUUGGAUAGCUGGGUUAGCAAGAAGACCNAUCCCAUGCUACCCUACCUGGCACAGGGUGCGAACUCGUCAUUGGAGGACGGUGCAGUUCUCGGAAAUCUGCUCGCCGUAGUAAAGAGCAAAGAGCAGCUGCCUGAGGCACUACGUCUGUACGAGAACCUGAGAAAGAAGCGUGGUGAGGCUAUUGUUCGCGAGACCUUUGCCCAAAGGAACGACUUCCACAUGAUGGACGGGGAAGAGCAACGAGCACGCGACGAGCUGUUUGCAGGUCAACUCGGCAAGGAAGAGCCUGAGGUCAAGUUUCCGAGUCGUUGGACCUGCCCUGUAGUACAACCAUGGCUUUACGGUUACGAUGCGAAGAAAGAGGUGGAUGACGCCUUGAGAGGGUCAUCACUGGCUCAGUAA